CCACUAUGGCGCCACCAUCGCCACCUCCAUCUACUUUCCACGCAGGAGACCCGGCUGUCCCCAUACUCACAUCUAGGACCCACUCCGACGGACGUCCGUUAGUAUCAUGGUGCACUCUGCCCAGCGAGAUCCAGCAAGAUAUCCUUGCUCCUCUUGUCAACUUUGAGUGUCCCAUCUCGAUUAUCUCGCAUCCCAGGAUUUCGAAAGACUUGCUUGCGCUCUUCCUUGUAAACAAGCGGAUGUCUUCACAAGCACGCUACCUCUAGCAGAAGCAGAAUCGGUUUUCCCUCAGUCACGGCAUUGCCUCUAACAACAUCCUCUGUGGACUUUCCAGGCCGUAUAUCCACACCAGGGUUCUCAAGCACCCAAAAGCCCGCUUCUGUCAGGAUGUUAUGAAUCUGACGCUUUGGUUCUUUCCCGAAUUCAUAUGCUCCAUGCUUGUGCUUCAGAAUUCGGACUCUUGGGCCCCACUUUUCCGAUACCAAUUCAAUAUGCGGCUCAGACGCGCUCUUGGCCCUAAUACCGCUGUCCUCGAAGCAGAAAGCGCUCGCCGCAUCGCGUGGCAGGCUUCAUUCACCCAGCUCCGCCGUCUCAACAUCCAUUUCGACUUCAGCUUGGCCAAAGACCAACUGGAUCGUCGUCAUGCCGUGAAUAACAUUCAUUUCCUGGGUGCAUGCUGCGACCAGGGACGCGCGGCAUUCAUCCGAAUGCUGGAAUUGAUGGAGACUGCGUUCCCAAACCUUGAGGAGGUCGACGUUCAAGUUUGGCACGUGAUCUGUUCUGGACAUAUGGGACGAUGGUCGAGCAAAACAGGAUUGCAAAAGGCGCAGCAGGGUUGUUAUGGCCGGAGAUGCUCUGAAAAAUGUCCCCAGAUGAUCGGAGAGGUGCUCCAGGCUGCGAUGGUGAGAGGUAGAAAGGUCUGAGUCGAGUAUACGGGGAUAAGACAGUUCGACGAACGAUUUCAUCUAAAUCGAGGUCUUUGUGACGAGGAGUUGGUGGAGGAGACUUAGGAAGAUAAACGCUGAAUAGGUGGAC